AAGACAGUAGCUCGCGCAGUCUGCCGAGAGACUGAGCUUCGAGAGGAACGGAGUAGAGUCAGCGAGGGAGGAACGAAGGUUUCGAGAGUGUAUAUAAGUUUCUAAAUCGUGCGCGUUAAAGUUGACGAAGGAAUCGUAAAAUGUUCCACGUAAAAAGAUUGACGAGAUCGUCGAUCGCCUUGAAACAAGUGCCAAACAAUAAUGACAUUGUUCACAAUACGUUGAUACGUAUCGUGCCGGCGUUUCAAGUACGUGGUUACGCCGAUCAUCAGAUUCCAGAACGACUGAAGGAUGUCCCCACAGACCCAAACCCAAAGUUCUUCGAUAUGGUCGAGUACUUUUUUCAUCGUGCCUGUCAAAUCGUCGAGGACAAACUAGUCGAGGAUAUCGGCAAACGUUCCAGGGUGACCGUUGAGGAGAGAAAGAAGAAAGUUAAGGGUAUUCUGAUGCUCAUGGAGCCAUGUGACCAUAUUCUUGAAACUUCUUUCCCCCUGAGACGCGACUCUGGCGAUUAUGAAAUGAUCACUGGCUACCGCGCACAGCAUUCGACCCAUCGAACACCAUGCAAAGGAGGUAUUCGUUUCUCGAUGGACGUUUCGCGAGAUGAGGUGAAGGCUUUGUCCGCGCUAAUGACUUUCAAGUGCGCCUGUGUGGAUGUUCCAUUCGGCGGAGCUAAGGCUGGUAUCAAGAUUAAUCCGAAACUAUACUCUGAACACGAGCUGGAAAAGAUUACGAGGAGAUUCACGUUGGAGCUCGCGAAGAAAGGGUUCAUCGGACCUGGUGUCGACGUACCUGCUCCCGACAUGGGAACCGGAGAACGAGAAAUGUCCUGGAUCGCGGACACUUACGCGAAAACCAUAGGCCACUUGGACAUCAAUGCUCACGCCUGCGUGACUGGAAAGCCUAUCAACCAAGGUGGAAUUCACGGACGUAUAUCCGCGACCGGUCGUGGUGUGUUUCACGGCCUGGAAAAUUUCAUCAACGAAGCCAAUUAUAUGAGCAUGAUCGGCACUACACCCGGCUGGGGAGGAAAAACAUUCAUUCUGCAAGGUUUCGGUAACGUUGGUUUGCAUUCGAUGCGUUACUUGCAUCGUGCUGGUGCUACCUGCAUAGGAGUGAUUGAACACGAUGGUGCUAUUUGCAACCCAGAAGGCAUCGACCCGAAACAACUGGAAGACUACCGUAUAGAAAGUGGCACUAUCGUGGGCUUCCCUGGUGCUAAGCCAUACGAGGGUGAAAAUCUCAUGUUCGAGCCUUGUGAUAUAUUUAUACCCGCCGCUAUUGAAAAAGUUAUUACCAAGGAUAACGCUGGUCGUAUUCAGGCUAAAAUUAUAGCCGAAGCUGCCAACGGACCAACUACCCCGGCUGCCGAUCAAAUUUUAAUCGACAGAAAUAUCCUCGUUAUACCGGAUUUGUACAUCAACGCUGGUGGUGUUACAGUAUCCUUCUUCGAAUGGUUGAAGAAUCUGAAUCACGUGUCGUACGGUCGACUUACUUUCAAAUACGAAAGGGAAUCUAAUUACCACCUAUUAGAAUCCGUGCAAGAGUCGUUAGAACGCAGGUUUGGCCGUGUCGGUGGCCGAAUUCCUGUUACACCUUCCGAAGCGUUCCAGAAGCGUAUCUCCGGUGCUUCCGAAAAAGACAUUGUACAUUCUGGUUUAGACUACACAAUGGAAAGAUCUGCUAGAGCUAUCAUGAAAACUGCCAUGAAAUUCAACCUAGGUUUGGACUUGAGGACAGCAGCUUACGCUAAUUCGAUUGAAAAGAUAUUUACAACUUAUUCCGAAGCAGGUCUCGCAUUUUAAGUAUGAAGUAUCUGAGUAUAAACUUAAAUCACAUAAAUCGAGGUCACUCGUGGAGCGAUCGUAAAAAAAGUUAUGAGCCAGUAUUUUAAAAUCUAUUCACGAUCUCUCACGGCUGGUGCUGCCCAAUUACACAGACAAAAGACCAAAACUAACAGUGGAAAUGUUUCGUGUACAUCGUCGCGUGAUAGAAUUCUUGAAUGCACCCUAAUAAUUUGCCUAACCCACGUAUCUACACUCGGUUGAACAAACCUGACCGCACUACUAUCUUACGAGAGGAAUGUCAAUUUCUAAAUUCGAUGCUUAUACACAUUUUUUAUCAAAAUAAAGUACAAUAGUUGUACGCGCUCCUCUUUUCGAACAGUGCGGAUAGAUUUUGUUUUUAAUCGAAUGUACAUAUACGCUUGAGUCCGUGUAAGUACACGCACGCGUGCGGGCACGAGAAACUGUAUUAAUCGGAUAUUGGUACACAAAGUGAUAGCCUGAAAAAAGUAUUCACACUUGCUCUGCGAAUCGAGUACGAGGUCAAUCGAUACAUCGUUAGUGCAUUUUUAUAUUUCACUUGUUAUCCAAUAGAUUUUAAUGUUUAAGGAGAUUCAUACAAAAAUUGUUGAACCGAAUUAUUGUAAAUUAUAAUUCUUUCGGACAAGUAAUUUUACCGUAUCGUAUCUACGAGAAACGAUUCGAAGAUGUCAUUCGCAACUGUGACUCGUUUCUGCGGAAUCAAAGAGCGCGAUGUCAUACAGUAAUAUUGUUAUACAUUUCAAGCGUAUGUCAAUAAACAUGUGCUCUUACUCAA